UGCUUUCUUAUUAAGUUAAUACUUUAACAAUUUCUAACACUUUUCCCGCUGUGUGUUUGUUUGAUGUUGCGUAACCUGUCAAAAGUGACACGGAUGUCAUCAAAUGCCAACACAUCAUCUAAUCGAGGUUAUGUUUAUUGUGGUGUUGACACAUAGCCACGAGUCUUAAAUGACAUUCCCUCUGGGACAAUUAAUAAAUUAUUUUUAUCCGGUACUGUGUCCACCCACAAAUGAAGCGCAGUCAUAAACUCGUACGUAUCAAAGGUAAUUUUAGGUGUAAAAUUGUGGAAAUCCCCAGCAGAGAUAGUUUGGAGAUUGAUACCCAAUCUGAUUUGGAUGUUGCAAUUGCACUUAGUACAUUAUCGGAAAAAUGACUACAGAUUUUAGCGCAGGAACAAUACCACCGCUUUACAGGGAAGUGUUCGAUGUGUGCUCUCACAAUGGUGAGCCCAUACAUCGAGACGUCUACCAGUGCUUACUUUCACAAUGCAAUCUUGGAACAGCACAGUUGAAGAUAAUCUGGGACUUGGCUGGACCUUCGCAGGGACUUAUUACACGAACAAACUUGUACAAGACUCUAGCUUUAAUAGGAUGGGCCCAACAGGGGAAGUCCUUAUCUCAGAAACUUUUUGAUAGCGCAGCAGGCAAAGAAUACCCAACGCCCAGUAUCAGUGAUUUAACUCCUGUGAAAAAUUUAGUUUUACAACUUAAUUUAAAGGCAAACCCAGCGGUUUUGGGGCUUACUUACACAGAAAUUACUCAGUUAGACACAAUUAGUGUUGAAUUAGUACCUGAAAAGAAAGGACUGUUCCUAAAGUAUUCUGAAUAUUUGGUCUCCUCACGUCGAUUUAAUUCCAAAGUUACCAGGAGAUAUAAUGAUUUCCUGGCCCUCCAAGAGUUACUCCUGAACCGCUUUCCAUACAGAGUCGUGCCACGUUUGCCUCCGAAGAAAAUGGUUUCGGAUGCUCACUUCCUGGAGUCCCGACGCCGUGGUCUUCACAGAUGGCUCACUCUUGUCUGUCGUCACCCCACAAUAUGUCACGACGCUCUCGUCGCCUUCUUCUUGACAGAUCAUGGACCGGACAUCCAACAUCGAAUCCGCGACAUUUUUCGAAGAGCUCCCGACGAAUUCAUGACGUCGGAUUUAGCUGCUACUGCUAAAAAUUUACUACCAGCGGAUCAUGGCGAGAUAGCUUCGAGCCGCGAACAAAUCAGGUCUCUAGUACAGGUCAUAGGAAAAUUAAAAUUGUUGGCAGAAGCCGAUAUUGAAAGACAGAAUUCGUACGCCAAGGACUCAGAAGAUUUUGCUGCGCAGCUGAAGAUUUUAAGCGCGUCGAGCAUUGGGCAAAUCUUUGGGAGUCAGUGGACUAGUAUGCAGAAGGGAUUCACUGCUUUGUCUAGGGAACUAUAUUCACUUUCAAAUAAAUCGCAACAAAAUGCCAAUGUGGAACAAAUCACAGUCUGUGAACGUCUGGCUCUAUUGCUAGAUGUUCUCAUUUCCCACAAGGACUUAUGUGAACGUUUAGAAAAGGGUCUGGCUCAUGAUCAUCAACAAGCCCUCGCAAAAAUGCUGUCUUUAAAGAAACGCAAAAUCCAAGGAGUCAUCAGAGGCACAGAUACUGAAAGUGUAGAGCAGCUAGAAGCCAAAAUGCUAACCCAGGAAAGCGUUAUCUCGAAUAUGGAGUUAAGGUCUGACUUCAGCCUUUAUUGUGUCCACAUGGAAACCCAGUUGGUUUACGCUUAUCUUGAAACAUUGUCUUCCAUUUUAAAUAGUUUAGUUUCAUUGAGAAUUAGGUCCCAUUCAGAAUUGGCGGAUAUAUGGAAACAGGUCCAACCAGUCAUCCAAGAAUAUCUUCCUAUUGAGUAUGGUGUCGUCAACGGUAAAGCAUGACUGAACUAACAUGAUCAUACGCUCUAAUCAAAAGAAUUGCCUUUAUUAUUUAAGUCUUAUAGGUUAAAGGGACCAAAUAUACUGUUUUAAUAUGUCAAUUAAUUAGCAAUAAUGUCUGAAAGACUUUCCUAAAUGAACAUUCCAUUUUUACUUUACUAAAAGUGCAUAAACAUUAAAAUUGUGAUAAAAAUAAAUGUAAAUAUUUUAUAUACUUUUACCCUGUAUAAAUAAAACUAUUUUUACUCUUUAAA